AUGGGAACGGCCAGAAAUGGUGAAACCAAUCGAUUCUCGACAAAGUUCUACGACAAUAAAGUAUGUAAGAGUUUUUUAUUAAGCUGCUGUCCACAUGAGAUCCUCGCUUCAACGACACGUCGCUAUUCCUAACAAUUUCAGUUCUACUUCCUCGUGUUGGGAAUUAAGAAUGUAGUUUGGUUCUAGACCAUAAAAAUUACCCAGUCAAAUCUGGUGUGACGAUGUCAGUUGUAGACAAUCCGAUGAUCGUAAGUACUAUUCUAAACGCGAGACUGUGAUCAUCCUAUAGAAAACAAAAAAAAAAGCGUUUUGUGUAUUACCUUUUUCAAGCAGGAUCGCUUUUGGUUUGUUUGAGUUGUGUUGAAGGAUACGGUUAAGUUACGCUCGUCCAAAGCAAAGCAAAUAACCGGGGCACAUCGGACGCAGUUGCUCAUACGUAAGUGUUUAGUUUCCUUUCUUCCAAUCUGUACGAGCGUUAUUAAGCGAAAAUGUUUGCAACCGUAACCCGUGCUACGGCGCAUACAGAUUCACGCGAUCUUCGCGUUCCGUUCUGCGUUUGUCGAUUCGGUUGAAUGUCAUUGAGUUGAAUGAUUGAGUGAUGUCCUUAUUCGGUAAAGCUGUUGUAGUGAAUUCGAAGGCGAAUCAACGGAAAAUUCAUUAGAAGUUUGCUUCCGAAGUGCUGUUUGAGGAGUUCAGGAGGAGUUCGGUUAUAUUCCCAGAUGCUGAACUUUGAUUUUUUUAACAUUCUAGGUCUCCGAGCAUGUCUAACCGCUGGUAGUAACAUUAAUCUUUUAGAUGUUGAAGACAUAAAUAUAUAAAUACAGGAUUGAAACUGAAAAAUAACAUUCGAAGAUUAAUUCAUUGUUUAAAUAUCGCUUAAAUUAGCCAAAUGUUCUGAAUGAUGCAUACUGAACCUCGUCUAGAGAUGCACAGCAUGAAUAUCCUAGUUUUACUUUUAAGUUACCUAUGUUUUAUUUUUCAAAAAUUUAUUUCUGUUGUCAAGUGUAGUUUUGUAGCAGUAAAUGAAUUCUGCACCUCAAUAAUAAACAAAAAGUAUUUUUGCUUUGGUAAAAAUACUGGUCGAACUAGAUAACUACUAUUCGAGUAACGUGUGCGCUGCGAUUCGCUACAACAGCCCAGAAAAAAUAUCUUCAAUCAUUGUGCCACUGACUGAUUAAUCCUAAUUUUACUUCACACCCCGUAGUUCGUGUCUCCAAUAGUAUUCAGAGCUGAUUUGCACUGAUGGGUACGUAUAUAAAUCAAAAUAAAUUAACUAAAUCAAAACAGUAAAUCACCGCCAUCAACGCCGCCGCCGUCGUCAAAGGCCUUUACGCGCGAUUGGGUAUGUACAAAUCUACAAAUCUUGUAACAUCCUUGAUCUACACAACAAAACACAUUCAAAAAAGAUUAAGAGACUGUAACUUGUUCUGGUGUCAAUCGUGUAGCUUUGUAGUAACUACCAACAAUUUCGAACGUUUCUGGAUGGGUUCUGCUAACCGCCCCCUAUCUCAGACGAUGCAAAAGUGUGUCCUACUCGCUAGUGUCACCACAUCUGUACUGCCGAGCCGAGUUCCCCACCAAACCCAAAUGGCCGAGAGUUCGAACGUACGUAUGCCAUACCAAUGUUUUCUGUUUGUUUGUUAACAUGCUGUUUUCUGCUGAUCGGACGGUAACUAUUUGUACUGUUACGCACGAACCUUGCUUCGUCCGUAGCUAGAGAUUCCUUUAGAGCCAAAGGCCGACGCCGGGAGUUUUCUUACUAAGUUAAAACAAAACAAAAAAAAAUGAAAUCCUUGAGUUGUAGGUAUCCUUAGCUCGUGUGGCAAGGGGGAGAUUGUGUUGCGUAUUAUCUUUGGUGAGUAAAAAAAUAGCUACAAAUUGCAACUGAUGUCGUUAUUUUCUAGGUCGAAGUUUAUUCCGAUUGACUGGAAAGUUAAAAGGAAUCGACAGAAUAUUCGGAUCGAAACGGUAAAGAAAAUAUGUGUUAUGCUGUGCAACUUUCGUGGAUGUGGGUUUCUAUUUUAUGAUGUCGUAAGUUUUGUUCCCUGGACUGGGCAGAAUUCUUAGUGUCACUAGAAUCGUAGCACUAGUCACGCAGCAAUGGUUCUGCACGUUAAGAAUUAGAAAAAUUGUCCUUCGGGAAAAUACAAUCCAAUUUUCCAAUCUUUUGACAGUUUAUAAGGAAACAUAUAAAAAACAAAAUUAUCUUUUGAAUACAGGAAUUUUUGAUUUUCUGAAGUAUGAAUCGAACGAGACAAGCGAUAGUCGGUUAGUGCCAAGUUCAGACUAUAAGGCGGGUAAAACAGUAACAUGUGACUGAGCAUUGUCGUGACGAACAAUUCCUCGUGUUUCUAUAUUUUGUUCGUUUACCGUUCAAUGUCCGCUUUAAAUUGGGUUGAUUCAUUUGACGGAUUACUGACGGUCAUAAUUUCUUUCACAAAAUGUACGCUACCAACGUAAAUGUUCAAAUAUAAAGUGGUUUACAGAUGUACUAGUUUUCAUUGUGACGAUCCUCAUAGACUUUUCUGAGAUCUCACUUUCCUACUGGAAGGAUAAUCUCUGCAAACACUGGAUAUUAAGAAUAGUGAUUGUAAUGAUUUUCUUGAUUGCAGAUGUCAAGAUGCAAUAAAUUGGGUUUAUGCUUAAAAAGGCGGUCGUUGCUCAACAAAUUCCAAGUUGGCAUUGUCGUUGUUGUUAUUGUUUUAGCGGUGAUUAGUUUCGAGAAAGAUAGUGAAUAGGAUUACCUCGAAUGCAUCCCUCGCCCGACAACUAUUUUAUCUGCGGAAAAACGAAUUUGAAUUUAGAGAGUUAUUCGUUUAACUCUACGGUUUAUCAUAUCAUGCAAUAGUUGCGUUGUAAUACCCAUUCCUGGAGACAUAACUAAGUGCAAAUUAUAACUGACUACAGAUCUAAUUACUAGAAGUUUAAUAAUGCGUGGGAGAUGCGCAUUGUAUUGUCUAAGUGAGCUGUCAAUACUCAGAAUAAGGCUUGUUUUAAGUCUUUCAGCAUGAAUCGUCAUAAAAAUCUCCGUAAAUCUUCGUCGUUUUGUGAAAAGUAGUAGUGAAAUGUGAAUGUUGAUUUUUAUUAGGCUAAUCUUGAAAUGCAUUCUCCAAGCCCCUUGGGACUUUACUACAACAUCAAUAGGUAAUAGAGUUGAUUUUACACCACUCGGUGGCGUUUCUAUCUUCAGCCAUUUCAAUUUUUAUACUUGGCUAAAAUAUGAAAGCUUACGAAGGAAAGUUAACAAAACUUCUUCCAUGGCUUACGCCCAAAAAUUCAACCAGCUGUUUAAAUUAUAGGCUAAAAAGAAACCAUUCGGAAAGACCCUAGACCUAAUGCAUUACCGACUCAUAACAAUCAGUACAAAGAGCUCCGGCGUAACAACCAACUACAUAGAAAAAAUAAAUUGUCACGAUAUGUAAAUCAACAGUAAAAUGAAACAGACUUAAGAUGAAUCGAAAAUUUGAUUGAAAACCAAUAGCAAUGGAAAACUUAUGUCGUUUUCGCUGGAGAGAACAGAAACUGACCCAGGGUAGUUUCAUCAAACAAACACUUUUCACAAAAUUGUGUUGUUUUCGCACUUAGCAACGGGGAUUUGAGCAAACCUGAUAUAAAAACCAGGUUCGAACUGACUCGAUUUACAGUUUUACAACAUUGAAACUAGGAUCGAAACUAGCUUCAAACAAACGAUUUGACAGCAGUUAGAGUGAAAACUGGAUUCGGUUUGGCAUCAAGCGAAAACGACAUUUAUCAGAAUGCAUUGAUUUUCCAAUGAACAGGAUUCUAGACUUAAACUAUUUAAAUUUUAAAUUUUGCAUGUAAAGUUUAUUGGAAUAUAAAAAACUGUAAAGUAACUUUGAAUUCAAUUUCUUGCUCCAACAUAAAAUAAAUGAUAAAUGAUAAAAUCACGACGAAUUUACAUUGCCUCUUUCCGUGUAGUAAAAAAGAGGAAACAAUCUUUUUAAAAAUUUAAAUGAAAUGAAAUGAUUUUUAUAAAUUUAAAUAGAAUGCAACGUAUAAAUAAUAAAGGUUAAAAAUGAUCGAAAUGUAAUUAAACACAUCGUCUUCCGAAAAAUGUUCUUGACAGAAACUACUUCGUUCAUAUCUUUGAACUUAAAAUGUGUAAAUGUUACUAUUUAAAAUAUUGUUUUCACUCCGAAUGCUGAUCAAAAUAGCGCAGGCUAUCGCUACGCUAAUUCAAAAGGGUCAUUCAAACGCUGCGCCCGUUGUGUAUUCGAGACAUGCAACAUGCUGCACUCCUGUUACUUAUAUAAAUCAAAUUGAUUCUAAAUAGCAUUUUAUUGGGUUUAAUCUUAAUAGUGUAAUGAAAUCAACCUGCUGGAAUUAAAACAGGAAUCGAAAUAUUCUCAGUUGUGAAUCAGUUCCGAAUUUAUUCAGUAGAAAUUUUUUAUCGAAUAAUAAUGAAAAUAUAAUUUAAUCUUGCACGAAACACUUCGGUAUCGAACUCAAGCGUUCGAGGUUCCGAGUUUUGUGGACGCUUGUGUCGGAAGUGAUUUUUUCAGUCACCGAAUAGAAUUUUUCAACCGUUGUUUGAAUAAGUAUUGCCUUUGUGAUUUUAACGAUUUAUUCUGGCAUGUCGAAUUCUUUUUUUAUCAGAAGUCAAAUUAAGCUUCCUGAAAUAAUACAAAGUAAAGAAAAUUGCACUAACAACUUUUCUCGAAAAAAUAUUUUGUUAAGAAAGACGCAAGCGAGACGAUUUUGUGUAAGGAUAUUGAAAGAACAUUUACGGUAGGUUACGUCUAUUUUGGAUAGGAUAUUUCCAAAUAUUUCAUAUAUUAAUAUUGAUCACUUCUGGGAAUCCAAAACAAAUGGAAAAAGACAUCACAGUUACACCAUCUGGUGACGGAAAAAGUUACUAAUUUUACAUUGUUCAAUAGUUUGCAUUUAGCGUGCACUAAAAUCUGAAAUGUCAAAACUAAUUGAAUAUGAUGUCCACUUAGAGGUGGGUACUUUUCUAUAUUUUAAAUGUGUUUUUCCUGAUGACAUAAAACAUCGUUUAUAAGCAAUACGGCAAUCAAAAUAAUAAACCGAUCAAAGUUAUGUGCAGAGUUAGAAUUAAACUCAUCGUCUUCACAUUCAAAAGUGAUGAAAUGUUGGUAAAAGUGAAUUGGUUUCUAAAAUCAAGAAAAUGUAAUAUUUUCUUCGGAAAUGUUAACGAAAUUCUGGAAUAAGCAUUACGAUGAAUUCGUUUCGUUCUGCGUUAGCACUUAAAGUAUGACAUAGAUAGAAAAUAAAUCUCACAUACAUUUAUUUCAAAAGAGAUUUUUCAUUUAACAAUGUAUCAUCUCUCGAAUUAGUAAAAGAUUUUAUUUUAAGCCGUGUUUACAGCUUUUUUUCGUGCAGUGCGUAUGGAGAAAUGUUUUAUAUAUUCGGGUUUUUUUAUUCUGUGUACUGAUUGGAAAAGCUGUCAUAUGUACAUAAACAAAUUUGUAGUGUAUUAGUAACCUUUUUUGCCACUGCAAUGUUACUGUGAUGUCCCUCGUAAAUCGCGAGAGUUAUCCAUAUUGAUAUAUACACUGGGGUGUCUUUUUACGCGGAUUUUUUAAUGCGGUUUCUUUUUCCACGACUUUCUUUACGCGGAUCUCCGAAGUUACGCGGAUUCCCAGUUACGCAAUUUUUUCGGCAUCAAAAAAAAAAAAUGUAAUAUUAUUGAUUCUUCGUAAUACGGUAAACAGUAAAAGUUUAAUUACGACUAUAUAUGUUAAAAAGGAAAACAAAUUGAGCUUUCGUUUUGUCUUUGAAUUCUUAGUGCAUAGAAGUUUUGACAUGAAACGCUGGUUAGGCGUGAAAUUUAACCCUACUGGCCUAUAUCUGCACCAACGCGCAUUUUCUUCGGUGCGUCCCGAAGCAUGGAAUAUUUAUGUUUAAUGAAAAACGUAAUGAAUCUAUUUUCUGUUAAUCUAAUAAACCAAAAGUGUGUUGAAAAUAUGAUCGUAUAUAGCUUUGAAUAUUACUUGCAUUUGUUACACAGUAGGUAACAUCAUUAUAUAACCAGAUAUUCUGUACACAGUGUACAUUCACGGUGCUCUGUUUAAUACAGCUAACAUCAUUGGUUUUCAUUGAUUUAAACCCAGUAAAGAUAAAAAUCACUGUGGGAGAUACUUGAGUAUGAAAUAAUUGAGUUUGGGUAUUCGUUUGCAACUCAUUGUUUUGUAGCUUUAUAUAAGAUGAAUUUUUGCUGGCCGUCGUUAAUAAUUAUAAUGAUACUUCCUAUUGGUACGAUAAAUUCAAAUUCAUCACGGAUAGUGGUCACAGCAUAACACACAUGGUCGUUAAGCCGUUAAGCAAACAAAAAAUCGCAUAACGUUAACCUGAAUCCAGAAGUACUGGAAUAUCGAACUCGAAUAUUAGUCGUCUGGAUUAUCCGCGUGUCCAUCCCGAAGCCUAAUUUUCUUUCGUUUUUCUUUUUUCUUCCAAUAUUUUGCAUAGCGUAUGGACCUAGGCGAGUGCCCGAAGGUACACGAUCUUGCGCUCAGAGCCGAUUAUGAGAACGCUUCGAAAUCGAAAGAUUACUACUAUGAUGUUGAUGCAAUGGAGCACUUGCAGGCCUUCAUUGCCGAUUGUGACCGACGAACGGAGGCGGCCAAGAAGCGCCUGGCAGAAACGCAGGAAGAGCUGACGGCGGAGGUUGCCGCCAAGGCCAACGCCGUACACGAACUGGCAGAGGAGAUUGGUAAGAAACUUGCGAAGGCAGAAGCUUUAGGUGAAGCCGGACAGGUCGAGGAAAGUAUGAAGCUGAUGUCGGAGAUUGACGAGUUGCGUGCGAAGAAAAUCAAAGCCGAACAGGAGUACCGGAGUGCGAUUCCGGCUAGUAGCUAUCAGCAGCAGAAGCUGCGUGUUUGUGAAGUUUGCUCGGCUUAUCUCGGAAUUCACGACAACGAUGUUCGAUUAGCGGAUCAUUUCGGCGGUAAGCUUCAUUUGGGUUUUUUGGCCAUUCGGGAAAAGCUCAUAGAGCUCGAGAAGACGGCAUUGCCCCGGCAGAAGGAACUGAAGAGAAGUGGUCGCCGAGAUGGAGAUUUUGACGAUGGUCGCGGAAGACCCCGAUUUGUGGGAGGACGUGAACUUGAUAGGCGAUCACGAGCUCUUGUCCGAGAACGGGAACGACGUGAAAAUAUGGAGGAAGCGAAGCAACCUGAAGCAAUCCCAGAAGAACAACGCCAUUCCAAAAGUCGGGAGCGCUCGAAAAGCCGUGAGCAUGUUUUGGAACGUGACCGGGACCGUAAUCGUGAUCGCGAUCGUAACCGAGACCAUGACCGAGACCGGGAUCGGGACCGAGAUCGUGAUCGUGAACGAGAUCGUGAUCGUGAGCGAGAUCGUGAUCGUGAACGAGAUCGUGAUCGUGAUCGUGAGCGAGAUCGCGAUCGUGAUCGCAACCGUAAUCGUGGUGAUCGCGAUCGCGACCGUGACCGUGACAGGGAUCGGCGCCGUCGUUCGCGUUCAAGGGAGAGAUCAAGGCGCCGACAUCAGGAACAGAACCGGUGCUGGCUGGAGUGAUAUGCUUUUCAGAAUUCCCAUCCCCGAUCACGGGAACCCGUGUUUAUCGAGCAAGCAACAGCAGCAGCAGCAGCAUGAAUCGUAAGAAAUUCUUUUAUUCAAUUUCACUUAACACAUUUUUUCCAAGUGUGAAUGAUGUAGAAAAUGAAGUGUUUAGUGUGUAGUGAUGUGGUGUGGGUACGAGUUUACCCAUCAAGUUAACAACAAACAGGACACGAAAACUACCUACAAAAUUAAAUCAGUAAUUUUUAACUAAUUCAAAUAAUGAUAACGACAGAAAAGUGCAGUAGCUUAGAAUUCACUCGGUUCAUAACAGAUUCACGCAUUUUCCGUUCAUCUCAUCAGUGUUCUUUCUUUACACGAUCGGCGGUGUGUUCUAUCAGGAUGCAAAUGCGAUGAUUGGUAAGAAAAAUAUUUUUGUAUUUCUUAAAAAACGUACUUUGUAAGCGUUGUUUGACCUGAUGAAAUUCACCUCUUAUGUUUCAUUAUUACUAGACUCGCAAUUAAGUAUAGUUUCACUUAAAAAAGAAUAAUAAUUCGUAUUCGUCCAUUUAAUUGUUAUCUUGUAUUGUAUUGCUACCAAAAACAAUACAAAGAAUAUUGUGUCCCAUCCCUUUUGAAUAUAACAUCGCAAUAAAUAGAUGUUUUUAGUUCUAAGAUUCAACGGAUGAAUUAUCAUAAAUAUGAUUAUCGCUACAUAGGUGUAUAUUGAAUAAAUAAUGAAGACAAGUA